AUGCGCCAAACCAUCUGGACUUUGUCGUCAUGCCUGCGACAGUUGCCGCGACCUCUGUCGCUUCGUGGUAUUCGUUUGCAGACCACAGCGGCGGCGGCUGAUGGAGCCAUUUCUCCUGCACUGCUCUCCCGGGCCCGGUCAAUGGCCAAAGAGUACCAGGAAACCACGACUAAACUCGCCGAAAACUUCGACACGAAAGCAGCCAAGAGAUUGGGAGAACUCUCGUCCGUCAACAAUGCUUUGAAAGAGUGGGAAAAGGCAAAUAGUUCAUUGUCUGAACUGCGAACACUUCUCUCCGACCCCAAGACAGACAAGGACCUCGUUGAACUGGCAGAGGAGGAUCUGGAGUCCUCGCAGACCGACUUCUCACAAGCGUCUGAUGCGCUAAAGCUUGCACUCGUGCCUCGCCAUCCAUUUGCCGAUAUGCCAUGUUUGAUUGAAAUCAGGCCUGGUGCAGGCGGAGGAGAAGCUGCCAUCUUCGCCGGUGAUAUGCUACGGAUGUACACUUCAUACUGCAACCGCCUCGGUCUGCGGACAUCUCUGCUCAAAUACGAAGACGCAGAUGGUGCAGGCGCGGGAUCAGAUGCGCCACUCCAAGAAGCAGUACUCGAAGUCGAGUCUCCGGGUGCAUACGGCAUCUUGAGGUGCGAGGCCGGUGUCCACAGAGUACAACGAGUCCCAGCGACGGAGAGCAAAGGACGCACACAUACAAGCGCUGCGUCCGUCCUUGUGCUCCCAUCUUUCCCGGCGGAACCCUCUCACGAACUAGGAGAAAACAGCUUCGACGACCCAAAUAGCGACUACUUUGUCGACCCCAAGGAUGUUCGUACAGACGUCAUGCGCGCGAAAGGAGCAGGAGGCCAACACGUCAACACAACCGACAGCGCUGUCAGACUGACUCAUUUGCCUACCGGAACCGUCGUUGCAAUUCAGGAUGCACGUUCACAACACAAGAACAGAGAAAAGGCCUGGAGAUUGCUCAGGAGUAGAAUUGCGCAAUCAAGGCGUGAACAAAGAGAAGAAGAAAUGGUUGCUCUGCGCCGAAGCGUCGUCGGUGUUGCGAAGAUGGGCAGAGAGAACAAGAUCAGGACAUACAAUUGGGGUCAGCAGAGAGUGACUGAUCACCGUAGCGGCAUCAGUGUGCACGAUCUAGACGAUGUGCUUGUAGGAGGCAUCGAACUCGAGCGUGUUAUGGAGAGUGUCAGAGAAUGGCUUAGCGAGCAAGAGGUGCUGGGCCUGGCUGCCGAGGAAGAGCUGGUUGCUAAGAAGGACUCUUGA